AUGAUGAACCGAUUCCGCAAGAACAAGAAGGCUAAGGAGCCGGACAAUGUGGAGGAGUCACCAGCAUUCACUUUAAUCCCCAAAAAGAAGGAGGCCUCGCCGGAACCCGCCCCCGAUUUCGACCUCUCCGCCGCACUCCCCUCCUCAGAUAACUUUCGCACAAGUCUGUUAAUGCCCAAAUUGUCCGCUCGAUUUAGUAUGUUAAAGGAGCAAGACGACCCGGAGUCAUUGAUUGGAAAGGCCAGCGAUGACAGCGUCUUGUUCCCCAAGCGGGCCUCGCGACUCAAUUUAUUCGGACAUAACCCGGCCAUGCUGGCAGAUAUCGAGGAAACGUCCUCCAAUGAUGGCAGCAGACCGUCCAUGGCCCUCGGCCGGACCGAUUCCUUUGCUUCUGGUGGAGAAGGAUACGGCACCGAUGACGACCGAUCCCAAGCGGGGAGCAUAAUGAGUCGCGCGCGCCGAGUGGAGGGCAAUAAUUUGUUUGGUGGCCGCCAGAAGAUAUACAAAAUCCCCGUCAGAGCCUCAGAGGCAACACCCGACACAGAGGCCGGCCGACGGGGAAUGGGAAAAGCGGUCUACGAGCACGAUACCAAUAUGUCAGCAUUCCAACGACUACGACUGAAGGAGAAGGAAGAGCGAGCGGAGAUGGCGCGCGAGGCGGCUGCCAGAGAAUCAGGGUAUGCGGCGUCGACGGCCUCAUCCAAUAUGAGCAAAGUAACGACCUCCUCCUCCACGGCAUCUGGGCCACCGACAGCUGGAAGCAUAUCGACUGCGCCUACUUCGGUGGACGAGUCCCCAUUAAAUGCGUCGCAGGGACCCGCAAAUGGAUAUCCAUUCCCAGAGACUCAGUCCGAAGCCCCUCGCUCGGGGUCUGCUAUGUCUGCGCCGCGAAACGGUUCCCUUCGCAGUCGCCGCCUAUAUGGACAAGGCUUGACUCAGGCAGCCCAAAACCAGCAAUCCUCGACCCUGCACCGCUUGGAGAGUUUGAGUCGUCAACGCGCCGGUACUCCGGACCUGCCAUCCUUGAACCGCAACUACUCCCGGAGCGCGACAAACCUUCGUGAUCGCUUGCAAAAACUCGCCAUUGCUGAGCCGGCCUCAGCAUCUGGCCCUACGAGUCCUCCUUCGUCCGCGACGUCUCCCAAGCCCCGUGUUUCUGGGGAGUCUGCAUUCCGAGACCGCCUGUCCCCUACUGCAGCUACCUUUGGAGCUACGCCUCCCUUGAGCCCACCAACCAGCGAGAAUGACGAUGUGACUUCGCUUUUGGCUGCUUCGAUUCAUCCUGAGGACCAUGGCAAGGCCACCGCUAUGGGCUUGUUCAAUCGACCCGCAACCGGUUUCGACGAGCAAGCGUUCUCCCGACGCCAAUUGGAGAUGCACCAGGGCAGAGAGACCCCUCCGCCCCGUCGUUCAUCGCCUCCGCGACGACCCAUUCCGGCCGAGCCUGCCACUCGAGCAAGAGGUCUCUCCAAGUCCAGCUAUCGCUCCCGAGCAGAGUCCGGCUCCUCACACUACAGCAGUGAUGCGCAACGGGGAAAUCGCUCUCGCGCCUCGAGCAUUGAGCCUUCCCCCUUCAGACCUGCGGUAACUAGCUUCUAUGCUGCCUCGAUCAACAGUGAGUCUGGGGAUGAGGGACUCCAGCGCGAGUUCCCAUCUGAAACAUCCCUGGCGACGGAAAAGGGCCACUCGCUUCACCAAGGCGUAGCAUCUUACGAACCCCCGACUCCGCCUAAAGAGCACCUCGAACCACUGCCGGAGGUGAGAUACUCCGAUCUCGGAGAUCUCAAGCCAAUCGAUGAGAAUGAACUUGAUGCGGCUUCGCGUGAUGUUCAAGAUGACACUCCUAAGAGACCCGAUUCCCCGACUCUCAACCCCGACCUCGGUCUCGGUGGCAUGGGUGGAAUGGUUCGAUCCCAUCUGCGCCAGCAGAGUGAUAAGUCGUCUGUCUUUACACCUCCCUCGCCCCGUGUUUCCUUGCAUAAGGAUAUGCCCAUCCCGACUAUCGAGACUGAGCCACUGUCCCUUCAAAGCUUCCAACCCGCGCAGGCACAGUCCCACCAAGAGACUAGACCUGCUUCAGCUCAUCGCCCCGGCACAGCUGGAUCGCUGGCCCCUUCCACAAACUCUGCGGGACGUUCUCGAUCUAGUGAAGACUCUUCUGCACAUGGCACCACUGCCGAUAAUGCGUCUACUACACGUUCAUCAUGGCGGGACGAGCUUGAACGCCACCAUCGUCGCCAAGGCAGUACCGAAACCCAGCGAGAGCGAGAAGAGUUUGCCAUUGAGUUGGCCGAAAGACGCAGAAAAGUGCAGGAAAAGCUGCGCAGCGUCGCUGAGAGCGAGAGCCGAUCGGGCAGUCCGACUCCAGGCCGUUCCACUCCGGACUUCUCUCGGACCGGUAACGCAUUUGCUAUGCUGAAGCAGAAGUCUACUAAGCUGGCUGGCGCGAAGCCUGACCACAGAAAAAUCUUUGGUUAUGCAACUGAGAACUCUUCCACCCCUGCUCUUCCCUCGGACGACUCUUGGCGCCAGGAGGAGCGUCCCUCUUUCGGCUUUGGUCGUCACUCGAAUUCAAGCUCUCCCCAUGUUGGAUCUGAGCGCUCGCUUCGAUCUCGUAUGCCAUCCCUUACUCGAAACAACAGCCAAGAAGACUCCCGCGAAUCAAGCCGCAGUCGCACUAGCUCUCCUUUCCGAUCCCAGCGAGACCGUGCCGGCUCUGAUGCUUCUGGCCGCUCGAAGAGUCGGACUAGACUCCGCGAGCGUGAUGAUCUUCAGACCGUGGAUGAAGGCUCGGUUGUGGGACAUGGUAGAUUCGGCGGCCCUGACGGCUCUGAGCCCCCAAUGCCUAUCUCGCGCCCUGGCUCCACUCGCCCAUCAGUCGAGAUGGGUGAGCCUCUGAAUUUCGAACGUGCUCCCUCUACUUCGUCUAGCAGAAACCGCAGCACCAGUCGAUCCGGCACUCCGGGCUUCCAGUACGAACGGCCAUACCAGUUCUCCCAAUCCAACACAUCCUCCAUCAUUGGUGCUUCCCCUCGCCCACCACCUGCUGCUCCGGCAUACGUCGCCAACGCUACACCUCCAUUGAACGAAGUGGCCCCAGACGCCUCAACGGUCUCUCUCGCCUCUGUCGCUAGCAACGCCUCGACCAUUCCUCAGCGUGGCCCCGGACACGGCUCCCUUCUCAAGCGACCCGUGAACAAGAAGCAAAUCUCCGAGCCAACCUUCGUUUCAUCCACAUCCAAUGUUCCCCUCGUUGGCCUUCCUCCAGCAAACAACCAAUCCUCCGGCUCCGCACCCCCAGUACCACCAAUGAACCCCCGCCGCCGACGCGGAACAGCCACUCAGACCAUCCUGAGUGCGUUCAAGCACGACAAAGCCGAAUCCCGCGCUGCGUCUCCGGCACCCACCAUGCCCGAAGAUCAUCCAAUCUUCUCGGAUGAGGAAAAACGCCCUCAAUCCCGUAACCGCCUUCGCAAAAUGUCCAGUGAAGGCAGCAACCUGCACGCGCGGGCGCGUCAGGAGUCAAACCCCGGUAACCCUCCGGCCAUUCCUCACUACCCUCCUCCUUCUAUUCCUGUUGAUGGAGGAAUGUUCUAA